UUUUAUUUUGCUCGACGGGGAACGAAAUACAUAACUAACACAUAACUAACACUUAAUUAACAGAAAAAAAUCUAAUUGCACAUAAAUGUUAUAUGUUAUAUGCUUUAAUACAAGGUUAGUGUUUAGUUUUCUCUGAAAUGUAAAUGUAUCAUUUAAUUUUUAUCAGCCAGGUGAUGAAGUGAGGAAGCGGUGACAGAUUCCAACAUGUCUGCGCCCUUAGAGUAACAUCACCUCUCAGCGACUAAAGGUCAUGUGGAGGCCCACCUGGGGCAGAUGUUACAGACCAGGGUCUGGAGUGUGGCAUACAUGGAGACGCAGACUGUGUUCUCCACCUUCCUCCUCCUCUUCAUCACAGCCCUUACAGUCUCUUAGGUCUCAGUCAGAAAAGGCCAAGCGGAAAAGAAAGAGAGAGAUGGCCAUACUCAGCAGCGAUGCUGACAGUGUUGGGAUGAAAUGGUCAGAAAAAGAAAAGAUAACAUACACUGCUGCAUUCUUGCCUGGAGAGAAGAAAGAUACCACUCUGCCCCUCCCGCAGUCCUACAGCCCGGAAUAUGUGGAGUCGUGCUGGUAUCAGUGGUGGGAGCAGCAGGGCUUCUUCAGCCCUGAGAAGCAUAGUGAGAUGCCACAAGCUGCGGAUAAAUAUUUCUCCCUCUGUAUACCACCACCGAAUGUGACGGGCACGCUGCACCUCGGUCACGCUCUGACGGUGGCAAUCGAGGACGCUUUGGCUCGCUGGCGGCGAAUGCGAGGCUACAGAGUGCUGUGGGUGCCAGGCUGUGACCACGCUGGGAUCGCAACACAGUCUGUGGUUGAGAGGAGGCUGUUACAGGAGCACGGAAAGCGCCGACAGGACUACAGUAGAGAGGAAUUCCUGCAGGAGGUGUGGAGGUGGAAAAACGAGAAAGGAGAUGAGAUUUAUCGACAGUUAAAGAGACUUGGAGCUUCACUGGAUUGGAGCAGGGCCUGUUUCACCAUGGACACGAGUUUCAGUAAUGCCGUGACAGAGGCUUUCGUAAGGAUGUGUGAUUCAGGGCUGAUCUAUCGCUCUGAAAGCCUGGUCAACUGGAGCUGUGCACUAGAAUCGGCCAUCUCUGAUAUCGAGGUUGACUCGAAGCAGUUAUCAGGCCGGACUCUUCUGUCUGUUCCUGGCUACGAGCAAAAAGUCGAAUUUGGGACCAUGGUUACGUUCGCCUACCCGAUAGAGGGACAGCAAGGAGAGGUUGCUGUAUCGACCACUCGUCCUGAGACCAUGCUGGGGGACGUGGCCAUCGCUGUGCAUCCUGACGAUCCUCGAUACCAGGCUCUCCAUGGAAAACAGUGCAGGCACCCGUUUACAGACAGGCUGUUACCCAUAAUCACAGACACUAUGGUGGACAUGGAAUUGGGAACGGGAGCUGUGAAGCUGACUCCGGCUCACGAUCACACCGACUUCCAGCUCUCUCAGAGACACUUGCUGCCUCGCCUCACUGUGAUCAGGGGAGACGGAACCAUGACGUCGCUUUGUGGCCAGUGGCUCGAGGGCGUGAAGCGAUUUGACGCCAGGGAGCGUGUGAUUAGUGCACUGAUGGAGAGAAAGUUGUUUAGAGGGAAGAGGGAUCAUCCCAUGUCUUUACCGAUUUGCAGCCGAUCUGGAGAUGUUAUUGAACCUUUGCUGAAGAAACAGUGGUUUGUUCGAUGUGAAGAAAUGGCACAGAAGGCAAUUCAAGUCGUGGAUGAUGGAGAGCUGGAAAUAAUUCCUCACUUCUACACUAAAACAUGGAAGAAUUGGCUCACUAAUAUCAGUGAUUGGUGCAUUUCCAGACAACUUUGGUGGGGACAUCAAAUUCCAGCUUACAGAGUGACAUCACCACACUCUCCCACCCAGGAGGAGCAGUGGGUUUGGGGCCGGAGUGAAUCGGAGGCCAGGGAACGUGCCGCUGCCAAAUUUGGAGUGGACCCUAAUGCUGUUGUUCUGACUCGAGAUCCAGAUGUGUUGGACACGUGGUUCUCUUCAGCUCUUUUCCCUUUCGCGAUGUUGGGCUGGCCCGAGCAGACGGGGGACCUGAAGCAGUUUUAUCCCAACACCAUUCUGGAAACAGGAAGUGACCUCAUCUUUUUCUGGGUGGCCCGGAUGGUAAUGCUAGGCACUGAGCUGACUGGACAGCUGCCCUUCAAACAGGUGCUCUUCCACUCCCUGGUGAGAGAUAAGCACGGUCGCAAGAUGAGCAAGUCUUUGGGAAACGUCAUCGAUCCUUUGGAUGUAAUCUCAGGUGUCUCUCUGGAGAGACUUCAAGAAAAAGUAAUGGAAGGAAACUUGGAUGCAAGAGAGAGAACAGUUGCUUUGGAAGCACAGAGGAAAGAUUUCCCAAAGGGUAUCCCAGAAUGUGGCACAGAUGCGUUACGGUUUGCUCUCUGCUCCUACAAAGCCCAGGGAGAGGACAUCAGCAUGUCCGUGUCUCAGGUCCUGAGCUGUAGACACUUCUGUAAUAAGAUGUGGCAGACGGUCCGCUUCACUUUGGGAGCUCUGGUGGACACAGGAGCUCCUCUGACGCCACUGGAGGAGACCUUUCCUGUGUCGAGGAUAGACAGAUGGAUCUGUUCACGACUUUACAGUACAGUAAUACAGUGUGAUAAAGGCUUUGAGAGCUAUGAGCUCCACACAGUCACUUCCGCUCUGCAUUCCUUCUGGCUCCACAGCCUCUGUGACGUGUAUCUGGAAUGCAUUAAGCCAGUUUUGAAACAGGACGUGAAUGAAAAUGAAGCGCGAAACGAAGAGAAGCAGAUUGCCACUGCUGUGCUCUAUCACUGCGUGUCCAUUUCUCUCCACCUCCUUUCCCCUUUCAUGCCUUUUCUCACAGAGGAGCUCUGGCAAAGAUUGCAGCCCUAUAGCCCAAACCCUACCACAGCUCCAUCCAGUGUAUGUGUGCAGCCAUAUCCAACAGCCUCUCAGCUGGGGCAUUGGAACUUUCCUGAAGAGGAAACAGAUUUUCCAUUGGUACAGGAAGUGGUCAGGGUGGCCAGGUCACUUAGAGCCCAGUGUCACAUGACGAAGGAAAGACCUGACAUGUGGGCAGUGUGCACAGCAGAACAGGCACAAAUACUCCACAGCUUCAGUCAUGCUAUCUGCAUCCUGGGCCGGAUCUCUAAUCUUUAUCUGCACUGUCCUCAGGAGGGUAUCAGCUCCCUCCCGUUCUCCCCUGCACCACCUCCACAUGAAGGGAGUACCAUUGCAGUGACUGACCAUUCAGUCCAGUUACACCUUGAUGUACAGAGUUGCAGUAGUAGUAACAAACAGACGAUCCUACUUUCUCAGCGUAGAGAAAAACUGCUCUUUAAACUUGAGCAAUUCCUGUCUCGGACAAAAGUACCAAACUACACAGAGAAGGUUCCUGACCACAUUCGGCAGGAGACAGGGAAUAAGAUCGCAGCAUUGGAGCAGGAACUAAAGAGCAUUGAGAAACAACUUUCAGGUUUGGAGCCGGUCAGAAAAGACUCCAGAUAGUUAACUCAAAGUACAGUUUGGUAAUGAAGCCAAAUAAUGUAGAAUAAAAUGAAUUACAUAGUGCUAAAGCAGGAAGAACUAAAACUAUUGACUGGGCCAAGUGAAAUAAAGAUAAUGAAAUUUUGUUGUACAAAGUAUUAGUAUACGUCAUAAAUGUUGAAAUAAAUUAUUCAUCGUGUA